CUGUUAUAUCGGUAUAAGGCGUUGUUCUAUAUUUGAUUAAUAGUAAGGGUUAUUAAUGAACGGUUGUGUUAAUAACUACCCUCGAUGAAUUGGAGAUACUCCUCGAUUGAGUAGUCGAGAGGGGAUAAGUUAUAGAUAUAACAAGGAUCGACUAAAAUAUAUCAACAAGUGGAAAGUAGCAAAGUCAAGUCCCUUUUAUUCUUGUAUUAAACAAAUAUAGGUUGUUCAUCUUAGUUUUUAAUUAAAUUAAAUCACUCAAACCAAAACCCCCUUUUUUAUUCAUUAAGUUCAUAGAAAGAGAAUUAUACCUUUCCCUGUGGAUACGAACUCUACUACACUAUACUACAUAUAAGUGUUUAGUAUUGAAUUUAUUUUGACGCACCUUGACAAAAGUGCUCGUCAAAUUUGGCGCCGUUGCCGGGGAAAGGCAAUUAAUUUUUCUUUUUAUUUUAUUUCAAAGAAAAAUCAAAAAAAAAAUAAUAUAUAAAGUUUUCUAUUUUUGCUGAGCUUUGUUUGAGUAUAUGGUAAAAACCCGAUCCAUAAACCAACUCACCUACCAAACAAACCCCGAAAUAGAAAAAGCUCUCGAACGGUUAAAGAAUAAAUUCUCAAAUACCGACUCGGGGGAAUCCUCAAGUGCUAGUUCUCAAUCUAGCGAGUCCGAGGAGUCAAUAUCAAUGGCUCUUGAAACAAGAACGCUAAGGGAGCUCACAGCCCCCAAUCUAAAUCACAAACCCUUAUGUAUCACCUUAACAACUCUUGAUGCGGGUGCUACAUUUGAGUUGAAAUCCGGACUCAUACAUCUACUUCCAUCUUUCCACGGGCUAAGAGGAGAGGAUCCGAAUAAACAUCUUUCGGAAUUCCACAUCGUUUGCACAAGCAUGUGCCCGAACGGUGUUACUGAGGAGCAAAUUAAGUUGAGGGCUUUCUCAUUCUCCCUCAAAGACACCGCCAAAGAUUGGCUAUUCUAUCUUCCCUCGGGAAGCAUAGACACUUGGGCGGCCAUGAAGAAGAGCUUCCUCGAAAGGUUGGAGCAUAAUAAUAAAAGAAUAACCACAUUUAAUCAUGGAAGGGGGUGCAACAAUCGCGGAAGGGGGCGCAACAAUCGCGGCGGGCGUGGAGGCUGAGGUACGGCCCAUGGAGGAUCUUCCAAGGUGUGGAAGAGAGAUACAAGCAACGGGACCAGUGGUCAAACCAACAAGGCCCAUAAUGCACCAUCAAAACCUCCAGUCAAACGAGAUCGAGGUGAGGAAGAACCAUGCUACAGAUGCGGAGUUUCAGGUCAUUAGUAUAAGAAUUGUCAAGCCAAUAAUAGAGUUGUUGCUGCCUACAAGAAAUACCGAGAAUCAAAGGAACAUGAAUCUCAGUUUGUGAUAGAUGAAGGAAAUGAGGUUGAUGUUAACCUCACAGUGGCGGAUUUUGUUUUCAAAAAUAACACCACCCAUUCAGUCGAUACACCGAACUUUGAUUAAUUUUUCCCCUAUCCCACUAGACAUUUAAACAAACUUUAUGUUUGUUCCCAUUCCUUUACAUUUCCUGCUUAUGGACAUUACAUGCUUAUUGUUAUUUUAAUAAUUGGAUUCAAUUUUUUAAAUCCAAAUAUAUACCAACAAUUAUCUAAUGCAUGUUUACACAGG